CCGGCACCUCAGUUCCAGUUUUGCUAGCUCAAGGACAAUCGAUGCACUGCACGUCUCGUAAUGGCGCUGGCGCUGCCGUGUUCACGGACAUUCCGCCUCUAAAAGCCCAGCGCGACGCCUUCUUGGCCUCGAUUUUAGCGCAGAACAUGAAGAAAUACGCAACCAACAAGAAACGGAGCUGCCCAUUCGCAGCACCAGCCAAACGACAGCGUCCUCGGUCGGACGACGACAUCAAGUCGCUGCAACAGGACGUGGAGGAGCUGGAGGCGAGACUCGCAGCCGCCAGGAGGCGGAGGAGUCCGCAACCAAAGAAACAGGUCGACUCCGAGCGCCUUCGAGCCAUGUUACAGGCCUGUCGCAAACAGGCACAACAGGACGCGAACGCCACUUUUGGCUUUCACCCGGCCAUGCCGAGCUGCGGCCAGCUCGAAUACGAACCUACGGUGGACGCUCCUGUCUUCAAGCAAAUGGAGAAGAGCGUUACGGACAACUACAACCAACUAGCUGAGGUUUUCAGUGACGCUGGACUGCACGACAACAGGACGGACUUCUAUGACGCUCGGGUGGUCACAGGCGCUAAACAGGGCACGUUCGUGCGAUUCACGACGGCUAAAGUCGCUCCGUUCGCGCUGGACGCUAUCAAUGGCGCCAUGUGGAACGGAGCCAAGAAGAACUCGGUGCUGAACAUGGGAGCUGACUUUGCCAUUGAAGGCGGGGACAGCGACGUCAUGUACCUCAAGAGGGAGUGCAUGCUUCAGGGCGAGUCGAGCAGCAUCCCUGUACUGCUCCGUGGUGUGUGUCGUCGCUUUGUGGAGCCCCACCGCAUCGUGGUGGUCUGGGAGGGCACCGGAGAUUGGCCCAAAGACUACCUACGCACCCACCCAAGCAGCGUCCCGAUCCGGGAACGUGGCUACUGUGUGGUUCAGACGUUCCACAGUGGCAACAAGGGUGGGCGAGCCAUGCCACUUAGUUUAUUGCAGAGCUGUGUCUGCAUGACGCCAGGUCUGUCAACGGGUAUCGAUAUGAACCAACCGGAGUGUCUGCAAAUGCUCUCGGACGUCGUGAUCCCGUCCUACCGCAAGAUUCUCGACGCUCGCGAGCAGAUGCUCGAGAACGCCAUCCUCGACGAGAUGAUUCACUCCAAGAUGCGUGGCACCAGCACGAGGAUAUAGUACUCUAGCGAACGAAGCAGUUCGACCAAAACAUUAUAAGAAUUUUUCAACAUGUGCCAUAUAUUUUUGAGAUAUCCAGCAGUUCUACAAAUAAUAUCUUUUCACUUCAAAUAGAAAAGAAAAAAAAAGAAAAUAGUUAACGU